AUGGAGGCCGAGCUGCUGCAGUCGCCUCUGCUGGGGCUCGGGGAGGAGGACGAGGCCGACCUGACGGACUGGAACCUGCCCUUGGCCUUCAUGAAGAAGCGGCACUGUGAGAAGAUCGAGGGCUCCAAGUCCUUGGCCCAGAGCUGGAGGAUGAAGGACCGGAUGAAGACGGUCAGCGUGGCCUUGGUGUUGUGCCUGAACGUCGGGGUGGACCCCCCGGACGUGGUGAAGACCACGCCCUGCGCGCGCCUGGAGUGCUGGAUCGAUCCUCUGUCCAUGGGUCCGCAGAAAGCCCUGGAGACCAUUGGUGCCAACCUGCAGAAGCAGUACGAGAACUGGCAGCCGCGGGCGCGGUACAAGCAGAGCCUGGACCCCACCGUGGACGAGGUGAAGAAGCUGUGCACGUCGCUGCGCCGCAACGCCAAGGAGGAGCGGGUCCUCUUCCACUACAACGGCCACGGCGUGCCGCGGCCCACCGUCAACGGCGAGAUCUGGGUCUUCAACAAGAACUACACGCAGUACAUCCCGCUGUCCAUCUACGACCUGCAGACGUGGAUGGGCAGCCCGUCCAUAUUCGUCUAUGACUGCUCCAACGCCGGCCUCAUCGUCAAGUCCUUCCGGCAGUUCGCCCUGCAGCGGGAGCAGGAGCUGGAGGUCGCGGCCAUCAACCCCAACCACCCUCUGGCCCAGAUGCCCCUGCCCCCGUCCAUGAAGAACUGCAUCCAGCUGGCGGCCUGCGAGGCCAGCGAGCUCCUGCCCAUGAUCCCCGACCUCCCGGCCGACCUGUUCACCUCCUGCCUCACCACCCCCAUCAAGAUCGCCCUCCGCUGGUUCUGCAUGCAGAAGUGCGUCAGCCUGGUGCCCGGAGUCACGCUGGACCUGAUCGAGAAGAUCCCCGGCCGGCUGAACGACCGGAGGACGCCGCUGGGCGAGCUGAACUGGAUCUUCACGGCCAUCACUGACACCAUCGCGUGGAACGUGCUCCCUCGGGACCUCUUCCAGAAGCUCUUCCGGCAGGACCUGCUGGUGGCCAGUCUGUUCCGCAACUUCCUGCUGGCGGAAAGGAUCAUGCGCUCCUACAACUGCACCCCGGUCAGCAGCCCGCGCCUGCCCCCCACCUACAUGCACGCCAUGUGGCAAGCCUGGGACCUCGCCGUGGACAUCUGCCUCUCCCAGCUGCCCACCAUCAUCGAGGAGGGCACGGCGUUCCGGCACAGCCCGUUCUUCGCCGAGCAGCUGACCGCCUUCCAGGUGUGGCUGACAAUGGGCGUGGAGAACAGGAGCCCCCCCGAGCAGCUGCCCAUCGUGCUGCAGGUGCUGCUGAGCCAGGUGCACCGGCUGAGAGCCCUGGACCUGCUGGGGCGCUUCCUAGACCUGGGCCCCUGGGCGGUGAGCCUGGCCCUGUCCGUGGGCAUCUUCCCCUACGUGCUCAAGCUGCUGCAGAGCUCGGCGCGCGAGCUGCGGCCCCUGCUCGUCUUCAUCUGGGCCAAGAUUCUGGCCGUGGACAGUUCCUGCCAAGCCGACCUGGUGAAGGACAGUGGUCACAAGUACUUCCUCUCGGUCCUGGCCGACCCCUACAUGCCGGCCGAGCACAGGACCAUGACGGCCUUCAUCCUCGCCGUGAUCGUCAACAACUACAACACUGGCCAGGAAGCCUGCCUGCAGGGCAACCUGAUCGCCAUCUGCCUGGAGCAGCUCAACGACCCCCACCCGCUGCUGCGCCAGUGGGUGGCCAUCUGCCUGGGCCGCAUCUGGCAGAACUUCGACUCAGCCCGGUGGUGCGGGGUGCGGGACAGCGCCCAGGAGAAGCUCUGCAGCCUCCUCUCCGACCCCGUCCCCGAGGUGCGCUGUGCGGCCGUCUUUGCCCUUGGCACCUUUGUGGGCAACUCUGCCGAGAGGACGGACCACUCCACCACCAUCGACCACAACGUGGCCAUGAUGCUGGCCCAGCUCAUCAGCGACGGGAGCCCCGUGGUGCGGAAGGAGCUGGUGGUGGCGCUGACGCACCUGGUGGUCCAGUACGAGAGCAACUUCUGCUCCGUGGCCCUGCAGUUCAUGGAGGAGGAGAAGAACUACCCGCUACCCCCCGCCACCACGGAGAGCGGGAGCCUGACCCCCGUGCGCGACAGCCCCUGUGCCCCCCGGCUGCGCUCGGUGAGCUCCUACGGCAACAUCCGCGCCGUCACCUCCGCCCGCAGCCUGAACAAGUCCCUGCAGAACCUGAGCCUCACGGAGGAAGCGGGUGGCGCCGUGGCCUUCUCCCCCGGGAACCUGAGCGCCAGCAGCAGCGCCAGCAGCACGCUGGGCAGCCCCGAGAGCGAGGAGCACAUCCUGUCCUUCGAGACCGUCGACAAGAUGCGCAGGGUCAGCUCCUACUCGGCCCUCAACUCCCUCAUAGGCGUCUCCUUCAACAGCGUGUACACGCAGAUCUGGCGCGUGCUGCUGCACCUGGCCGCUGACCCCUACCCCGACGUGUCGGACCUGGCCAUGAAGGUGCUCAACAGCAUCGCCUACAAGGCCACCAUGAACGCCCGGCCGCAGCGCAUCCUCAGCGCGUCCUCCCUCACCCAGUCGGCGCCCGCCAGCCCCACCAACAAGGGCGUGCACAUCCAGCACGCCGGGGGCUCCCCACCAACGUCCAGCGCCAGCAGCUCCAGCCCCACCAACGAUGUGGCCAAGCAGCCAGGCAGCCGUGAGCUGCCUGCGGGCCGGCUGGGCACCGCCGGGCCCACGGGGGCACAGUACACGCCCCACUCCCACCAGUUCCCCCGCACACGGAAGAUGUUCGACAAGGGCCCCGACCAGCCCGCCGACGACCCAGACGACACCGGCCACAAGAGCUUCAUCUCGGCCGCGAUGCAGACGGGCUUCUGCGACUGGAGCGCCCGGUACUUCGCGCAGCCCGUCAUGAAGAUCCCGGAGGAGCACGACCUGGAGAGUCAGAUCCGCAAGGAGCGCGAGUGGCGGUUCCUGCGCAACAGCCGCGUGCGGAGGCAGGCGCAGCAGCUCCUCCAGCGGGGCAUCACACGGCUGGACGACCAGAUCUUCCUGAACAAGAACCCCGGGGUCCCCUCCGUGGUCAAGUUCCACCCCUUCACGCCCUGCGUGGCUGUUGCAGACAAGGACAGCAUCUGCUUCUGGGACUGGGAGAAAGGGGAGAAGCUGGACUACUUCCACAACGGGAACCCCCGGUACACGCGGGUCACCGCCAUGGAGUACCUCAACGGCCAGGACUGCUCGCUGCUGCUCACGGCCACAGAUGACGGCGCCAUCAGAGUCUGGAAGAAUUUUGCUGAUUUGGAGAAGAAUCCAGAAAUGGUGACGGCGUGGCAGGGGCUCUCGGACAUGCUGCCCACAAACCGAGGUGCCGGCAUGGUGGUGGACUGGGAGCAGGAGACCGGCCUCCUCAUGAGCUCGGGGGACGUGCGGAUCGUCCGCAUCUGGGACACGGACCGGGAGAUGAAAGUGCAGGACAUCCCCACGGGCGCCGACAGCUGCGUGACCAGCCUGUCCUGCGACUCCCAGCGGUCCCUCAUCGUGGCCGGCCUUGGGGACGGCUCCGUCCGCGUCUACGACCGGAGGAUGGCCCUCAGCGAAUGCCGCGUCAUGACCUUCCGGGAGCACACGGCCUGGGUGGUGAAGGCCUGCCUGCAGAAGCGCCCUGAGGGCCACAUCGUGAGCGUCAGCGUGAACGGGGACGUGCGCUUCUUUGACCCGCGGAUGCCGGAGUCCGUGAGCGUGCUGCAGAUCGUCAAGGGGCUCACGGCCCUCGACAUCCACCCCCAGGCCAACCUCAUCGCCUGCGGCUCCGUGAACCAGUUCACCGCCGUCUACAGCGGGACCGGCGAGCUCAUCAACAGCAUCAAGUACUAUGACGGCUUCAUGGGCCAGCGCGUCGGCGCCAUCAGCUGCUUGGCCUUCCACCCGCACUGGCCUCACCUGGCCGUGGGCAGCAACGACUACUACAUGUCCGUGUACUCCGUGGAGAAGCGUGUGAGAUAG